AACACAGUCAAUCCGAAUAAGGCAACUCCGCAAUCUAAGGACGUGGGCGAGGUCACGUGACGACACAGGCUUAUGACGCCGGCGAAGGUGUCUUACGAGGACGCCUGCAGUUGUUUAAAUAGCGUCCUCGCAACGAUGCAUCAAGCGCCAAAUCACAUCUUACCAACGAAUUUUAUUCAAGUUCUGUAGCUGAAACUAUGGCUGCAAGAGAGCUCAAGGAGUUUACCCUCGAAGAGGUUGCGCAGCAUAAUAAACCCGGCGAUCUGUGGGUCGUCAUCGACUCGAAGGUGUACGACCUGACGCAGUUCAAGGACCUCCACCCUGGCGGUAUAGCUGUGCUGAUUGAUAAAGGAGUCGCCGGGAAGGUUGCCACAGACGCUUUCUAUGGGCUUCACCGACAUGAGGUGUUGGAGCGUCCGCAGUACAAACGCCUCCAGAUCGGCACAAUCAAAGCGCAGAAGAGUGUCAUAUUCGGUCGCAAGAUUGGUGAACUGAGUCAAGUACCUUAUGCCGAACCCACUUGGCUUUCUCCAGGAUAUCACAGUCCGUACUACUCAGAUAAUCAUCGACAGUUCCAAAAGGCUGUCAGGCUGUUCGUAGAUGAAGUCGUGUAUCCCGAUGCUCAGCUCCGGGAGGAAGACGGCAAGCGACCAAGUCAGGUUGUCUUUGACAAAAUGGCAGACAUGAACUUGCAUGCAAUGCGACUUGGUCCUGGAAAACACCUCAAGGGCCGUGUAUUGAUGGGUGGUAUCGUCAAGCCAGAAGAGUUUGAUUAUUUCCAUGGGUUGAUCAUCACACAGGAGCUUGUGAGAUGCAGUGCACGAGGUUACGGUGAUGGCAUGCUCAGCGGGAAUGUCAUCGGUCUGCCCCCCGUACUCAACUUCGGCUCUCCAGAGCUUCAGGCUCGCAUCGUACCAGAUAUCCUGGCUGGGAAGAAGUUCAUCUGCCUCGCCGUUUCCGAGGCAGUGGCCGGGAGCGACGUCAUGGGACUUCAGACGACAGCUGUCUUAAGUGAAGAUGGCAAGGAGUGGAUCAUCAACGGAACAAAGAAGUGGAUUACCAAUGGCACGUUCGCUGAUUACUUCACGGUGGCAUGCAGAACCGAUGAUGGGCUUACCGUCAUAUUGGUCGAGCGUGGACCUGGCAUCGAGACGCGCCAAAUCAAGACAAGUUACUCCACUUCCGCGGGAACGGCAUACAUCACGUUUGACAACGUCCGGGUACCGACUAGCAACACCCUAGGAGAAGUUGGUGGUGGUAGCUUCGUUAUCCUUAGCAACUUCAACCACGAGCGUUGGUCCGUUUGCUGCAGCUCAACAAGUGCUCAGCGCAUGAUGAUUGAAGAAUGUCUGAAGUGGGCGACGCAACGGAAGGCAUUUGGAAAGCCACUCAUCUCACAGCCGGUCAUCCGCGCUAAGAUUGCAGCGAUGAUCGCACGGACCGAGAGCAUGCAGAGCUGGCUAGAGAGCAUCACGUAUCAAAUGACGCAUAUGACAUACAAACAACAAUCUCAGAAGUUGGCCGGUCCGAUAGCAUUUUUGAAGAGCUACAGCACGCGGUGUGCACAAGAUACCGCUCGAGAUGCCGUUCAAGUGUUUGGUGGCCGUGGUAUCACCAAAACAGGCAUGGGCAAAUUUGUCGAGCGUUACUACCGGACUGUCACGUUUGAUUCCCUUCUCGGAGGAGCCGAAGACGUCUUGGCCGAUCUUGGUGUGCGACAGGCAAUAAGAGCGAUGCCGAAGAAUGCCAAACUGUAGUCACCGCACACCGACUCCGCGAACACCCACUGUAAAGGGAAGACGGGUUGUUCAUUUGCUAGACCGCGUGUAAUGUUUGCCUGUAAUAAAUUUCAUUAUGCCUCAACUAUGCAAUCCCUUCCC